CAGCGAACAGUAGCAGUACUUUUUACAUUAGAUGCCUGAUAGCUUCCCCGACAUACUUGUUUCUCUUUCUCCUUUAUAUCCUUUCCUCUGUUAUUUCUUCUCCCCCCCCCCCCCCAAAUAGAUCAUGGACCAGGAAACCGUAUCGUACCGGUCGGUUGAACCGGUAAAACCGGAAACCGGACCAGAUCCGAUACGGUACAGAUUGUGCAGCGAAAUUAUCGUACCGGCCGACAUUCAUAGUUGAACCGGCGUACCGUGAAAUGCCGGACGGUUUUGAUCCAACCGGCGGUCCUUCAAACCUAGGUAAAAGUUUGUCGUUUCAUACAAAGAAGAAAUUCUUUUUGGGUUGGGCAAAGGCGCAUCGCGAGGCACUCUCCACUCUUCAAUCUCGCGCCCUCUUCAUUUCCCCCUGCAGCUGGAGAUCCGAUCAGAGAAGAGAAGGUUGCCUUCGUUUGUAUUUCCCAGCCGAGCUUGAGAACGAGAAGGCCACGUUGUUCGUCGUUCUUCUUUUCCAACCAAACCCGAGAACGAGAAGGUCGACUUCGUCCUUCAUCUUCUCUCGGGCCUUCCGAUCCGAUCCGAGAACGUCAUCGUCGCAGCCCGUGUUCUUCUCUUCUCUUUGCCUGUUCGUCGUCCGGCGAGUCGAGAUGGUCAUUCGUCGAUUCACCUAGGCAGAUUAGGGAUUUUGACUUUUUGUGCAGAAAAUGAAUGAUUUUGACUUUU